GACAGGAAGUGGAUCUCUGGAGCAAGAUGGCGUCCAGUAGUGGUGCAAAGAAUGAUUUUCGGCGCAAGUGGGACAAAGAUGAGUACGAACAACUGGCUCAAAAGCGAAUCACAGAGGAAAGAGAGAAAAAAGAUGGCAAACCUGUCCCCCCGGUCAAACGAGAGCUUCUCCGGCACAGAGACUACAAGGUGGAUUUGGAGUCGAAGCUCGGAAAGACCAUCGUCAUCACCAAGACCACACCGCAGGCUGAAAUGGGCGGGUACUAUUGCAAUGUGUGUGAUUGUGUUGUGAAAGACUCCAUUAACUUUUUGGACCACAUCAAUGGCAAGAAACACCAGAGGAACCUGGGAAUGUCGAUGCGAGUGGAACGCUCCUCAUUGGACCAAGUUAAAAAACGUUUCGAGGUGAACAAAAAGAAGCUGGAGGAAAAACAGAAGGAGUAUGAUUUCGAGGAGCGAAUGAAGGAACUGCGGGAAGAGGAGGAAAAGGCAAAAGCUUACAAGAAGGAAAAGCUGAAAGAAAAGAAAAGAAAGGCAGAGGAAGACCUUAAUUUCGAAGAAGACGAUGAAAUGGCUGCUGUAAUGGGAUUCUCAGGGUUUGGUUCCUCAAAAAAGGGCCACUGAAUAAAAAAACGUGACCUCUGUAGCCAUGCUGAGGCUCAUCAGGCUCAUCUGUCUGUCCAGCUGAAGGACUGGUUAGAUUUGUCAUCUUCACAGAACGCCAUGACAAAAUACAAAGCCAACAAAUAAUUCAAUAAUUUGCAAAUUUGGCCACAGUCGGUUAUUUGGCAUCUUGACACCUGUUAAAAUCUGUAGAUUUUUAUUCAAAUAAUUGUCCAGUUUUCUCUGUAAAUUUGGAGUUAAAGUUAAAGGAAUUAAAGUCUUUUGGCAUUACUAAAGACUGAUAAAGUGCUAAAUGUGCUAAAUAAUGAAAAAAGGCAUGUGGCAUUUAAAGCAGGAUUUUGUUUUUCUUUUGUUUUCUUUCUUUGCUAUUUUUUUAAUUGAAUGUGCAUUUAAAUAACUUCAUUUUAUUUUACAUUAAAAACUUUUUAACUUUUUAUUUGAAUAAAUAUUUAAAUGCAUUUAAUCAGAUUGUUUUCAUUUUAACAAAAUCAGCAUAAAAAUUUUCUUUUAAUUUUAAAUAAGCAGUAUUACAAUGUUUAUUCCGUCAUUUCCUAUUACCAGUUAUGCUUUGAAUUAAAAGCUUUUAGCAUAGAAUUAGCAAAAAGAAGCACCAACUUGUGAUUAACAUCCAACUUGUGAAUACAUUUUUAAUCUGUACCUCUAAAAAUAAAAAAAGGAGGGGGGAACCCAUGAUUUCCAGAGACAUGGAUUAUGAUCCUGCCGGUUGAGUAAUGUGGGAACUGGAAUAUGUUUGUUAUAUAAUUUAAUGGAUAGCACUAACAAAAGAAAAAAAAAUUGAUCUGGAAAUAUUUUAGGGAUAUAUAUUUUAAGAUGAGCUGUAUAAAGUGGGAUUGUUUAGCCAACUUUUAGAUUUACAUACUGUACAUAUGAAAUUCAUACUACAGUACAAUGCGUUUACUGUUUCUCCCUAAUAUGACUAACUAAACCAGUGUCUUCAAGAACCACGCUGGAAAAAAUGAAUUUGUCUAAGUUCUUGGGUGACAUAGGCUUCAGUGGUUAGGACUGUCACGUUGCAACUUCUUGGGGUUUGAAAUUCACCAUGUGCGUGUGUGGAGUUUGCAUGCUUUCAGUGUAUUUGCAUGUUUCCUCAGAGUACUGUUGUUUCUCCUUCAGUCCAAAAACAUACACUACCACUUAAAAGUUUGGGAUCACUUUCUAAUCACA